AUGGAUGCCAAGGACAUCUUAGGAUUGCCAAAAACUCCAUUGCCACUAACACAAGAGAAGAAAUUUCAGCCUAAAAAAGACUCGCAGAGAAAACCUGAUGGCAUUUCGCGUGAGGUUUAUGCACUUACAGGUGGAUUGGCGCCUCUUAUGCCAUCUAUUGAUGUGUCGCAACUGAAACGACGCCCUCCAUCUGACGAGAAGAUCACUUGGCAGUGGCUUCCUUUUACCAGCUCUGCUCGAAAUGAUAAUCUGCAGCUUUACCAUUGGGUUAGAGUUGUGAAUGGUGUUCCACCAACAGGUGAUUAUUCCUUUGCCAAGUACAACAAGUCUGUUGAUGUUGUGAAAUAUACAGAUGAGGAGUAUGAAAAGUAUUUGACUGAUCCUACGUGGACCAAGGAAGAGACAGAUCAAUUGUUUGACUUGUGUGAACGAUUUGAUCUCCGCUUUGUUGUGGUAGCAGACCGAUUCACGUCAUCUCGGAGUGUUGAGGAAUUGAAAGAUCGUUAUUACAAUGUUUCUCGAGCUAUGUUGAUUGCCAGAGCUCCAUCGCCUGGGGAUGUUUCAGGGCAUCCUCUGCUUAAGGAACCAUACAACGCUUCACAAGAGAUAGAGCGCAAGCGUGCAUUGUCCAUGGUUCUCUCGCAAACAAAGCAUCAAGAGCGAAAAGACACUGAGGUUCUGGCAGAAGCGAAAAGAAUAGCCGAAUCACGCAUGGCUGCACGGGGUGCUGAAGAAUCUGCAUUGCCUGUUGCAUCAAAUGUUGACCCAGAUAUUGCUGAGAUAGCAGUUAAUCUUGAUGAUACAGUAUCACCUUCAUCCAAUGCUCAGCUUGCCUCUGCAUCAGUUGCACCUUCGACUUCAGCAAUGGCAGAUAGUGCCUCUACUCUAGCUUCCCUGCGUAUGCUUCGUGUUUACUUGAGAACAUAUGCGCUUGAGCAAAUGGUGCAAGCUGCAAGUUCGUCUGCAGGACUUCGGACAAUCAAGCGGGUUGAACAAACAUUACAAGAUCUUGGGGUUAGUUUAAAGCCAAAGGUGCCCACCAAAGCUGUUUGUGCUCAGCACCUUGAAUUAAGACAGGAAAUAUUAACGUUGCUGAAUCUUCAGAAACAGCUACAAUAUAAGGAGGCAGAAGGUUCAUCUUUUCGUGAUGGUUCAUUCACCGAUAUGCCGGGCACACCUAAGCGUUCACAGCGCGAUCAGGAUCGAACAUUUGUUCCGGACUCAAUGAGUUUUGGAGGAGAAAGAGUUGGCAGAAGGGACCAGAAACGCAAGGGACCCGGAAGGGUAUCUGAGAAUCCAUCUUCACCUGCUCAUAAAAGGCCCAGAAAAUUGAAGGCUUCUGAUCUGUGA